AUGGAAGAUAAAAACAAACGUCGUCUUUCAAUUCUUCAUCCAUUAACAAAUAAAAACACUCUAUUGUCUACAACUGCAGCAGCUGCCACAAAUACAAAUACAACUACCACCGCAACAACAGCAACAACAGCAAAUAAUAGUAAUAAUAAUAAUAACAAUACCUUCGCUGCAGUGAUAGCAUCUACAACUUCUUCUGUUAAUAAUUCCCCUGCUAAUCUCCAGCAUGCAAGAAAUUUGAAUUUCCCGCCAAAUUAUAACUUUAAUGGCAUUAAUCCAAUAACAUCUAAUACUACCACUACAACAACAACAACCACUCCGACUCCGACUCCGACUCCGACUCCGACUCCGACUCCUACACUUCCCGGUAAUCAUAUUUCAAACAAUAGAAUCCAGUUAGGGUUUGGGAUUCCUCCUGAUUCUUAUAUAUAUGGUAGAGGUUACAAUGGUAAGCCAAUGGGUUUAGAUAAUGAUCAAAUUCCAAGAUAUAUACCAAAUGAGCAUUCUAAAAGAGGUAUCUUGACAACUUCAAAUCGCAACAUCUACCAAGAAUCAAAUCACCAUGUUCAUCAUCAACAACAGCAACAUCAACAACAACAACAACAACAGCAUCUAAAUCUCAGCUAUAAUAAUGUAUCUACUAAUCAAUCACAAUUUGGUUUUAUUCUACCACAACAAUUAAAGAACGAAUCUACUAACAAUUUACAAGUGUCAAAUCUAGAGAUUUACAAUAAUUUAAAUCCAAGAAAAUCACCCAAUAUGAAUUAUAAAGAAAAAAUUAGUAAUUGGAUGGCAUCAAUACCACAGUUUAAUAAUAGUGAAAAUAAUGAGAUAUAUAUUGAUUGUUAUCCAGGUGUUAUUUCUACUAGUAAUACACCUUCAACAUCAGAUGAGGAAAUUGAUUUAUCAGAUGUAGAAGAUAUCUUGGAAUUACAAGCACAAAAAGUUACUAAAUAUGUAACAAGAUUAUAUAUUCAUGAGGUUGAAAAUUCCUGUUUAACACGAGAUGGUAAUGCUCAUAAUGAUAAUGAUGAUGAUGACGACGACGAUGAUGAUGAUGAUGUUGAUGAUGAUGAUGAUGAUGACGACGACGACGAAGAAGAAGAGGAAGAAGAGGAUGAUGAAGGGGAGAAUAACGACAGAGAAAAAGCUAUCGAUGAUUUACCAGGUGCACGCAACGAACAGGCUAUACAACGAAAUGUGGAAAUCUCCUAUCAAAAGAAUGGUAUGAACCGGUUGAUUCAUCGUGACCCUAAUACGCCUAUUUCAUUCAAUAUCAAUUGA